GCGUUUGUAUACUCAGGGCCAACGCAAGGGUAUUUGGCGCCCUAGGGGAACCUUCAACCUUGCGCCCCCCGGCGCAUUUAACUUCCAAAAAUGAAUAUUCUGCAUUACUAUGUAUAAUAAUCCUGCAUUUAUAAUUUAAGGGUUCGUCAACACGAUGAAGAGAAACACGAUACGAAAUAUACGUUGUCUCUGUUAUGCACUUUAUACUUUGAGUUUAAAGCUACUGCCUGCGGGCCGGAUGCGGCCCACGGCACCUCUUCAUGUUGCCCCCUUUAUUUAACAUAUCAGUAGAUAACUUUUAAAACUACGGCCGCUCCGAGGGUAGGGAAAUCGGGUGGAAGACCCGACGACCCACAAUUUCGUAUUGUGGUAUUCAGUCAAGUCAUUUUCAUUUUGUUCAUCAUCGGCAUGUAUGUGGUGACAAGAGUCACUAAACAGGUAACUAAGACCACUCAGUGAUUUAGUAAGACAGCGGCUGGUUGCGUUAAAUGUGUAUGACGGUUCGUAAUAAUCGAUAAACAUUAUUAAUUAUUUUUCAUGUGCCGACUAGUAUGGAGAGCAGGCAUUCGCUUGUCAGUUCUCCAUCAGAACUGCAGUACUCACAGGUGUUGACACAGCCUACAAAUUUUCCGCCUGAACACGUGUUUUGAAAUUUGAGCUCACGAUGUAUAGCGCUGAAUGAUUAGCGAACAACGAAUUGGAAAGGAUAUUGAAGGAAGGAGUCAUGGCCUAAUUCAGUGUCCUAUUUUGGCAUUUACCUGGAGAGGUCGAGGGAACCCACAAAUGCCUGAACAGUGUAGCCCGUCAUGAGCCACUGUGUUUUUGAUACAUUCACAAUUCACUGCCCACGGGUCGGACUGUUGUCUUGCCUGCAGAUGGGUGCUGACCGCCUGCGCAAGGGGCUGCUCACCCUGUCGGUGUUUGGCGUGGGGCUGAUCGCGCUCCUGUACUGGGGCCGACUCGAGGACCUACAGACCGCCAUAAGGAUCAGAAAGCCCAGGGUAGCGGACAGCCUUUGGACUUGGGCCUGCGAGGCUCAGCACUGUGUGCGCCGUGAGCCGCGGGGUGACCGCAUAUCGCUCGCCACUUGCCGUAUGAUGUGCGGCGCCGUGCCUCUGUGGCCACGCCCGACUGGGGUCGCGGACUUCGGGUUGCAGUCAGUUCCCUUCCGUCUGCUGGUGCUGCGGCUUGAAGUGCGGAGUUCCCAGGUUCGACGCCUGCUUGAGCAAGCGUUUGACGUGUUUCGCGGGAACCUGGAGUCCCUGGUGCCUGACUCAAGCACCGAGGAUCCCGGCGGGAGGUCUCUGAGUGAGUUUGUGGUGAGUGUGGAGGUGUACAGUGCAGACCGCGAUCCUCUGCUGACACUCGGCACCAACGAGAGCUACCUGCUGGUAGUACGACACACAGGCGCAGGGAAGCUGCGUGCCGAUGUUCGAGCGCAGACGUUCUUCGGGGCACGCCACGGCCUGGAGACAUUGUCGCAGCUAGUGUGGUGGGACGACUCAACCCUGCGGGUCCUCACGAGUGCCCAUAUUCGCGACGCUCCCAGCUUUCCACACCGAGGGGUGCUGUUGGACACUGGCCGCAACUUCCUGCCUCUACGCGCCCUCCGUGCCGCAGUGGACGGAUUGGCCGCCUCCAAACUGAAUGCACUGCACUGGCACAUCUCCGACUCGCACAGCUUCCCGUUCGACUCCCCGCACGUGCCCAGUAUGGUUCGUCACGGCGCGUAUUCGCCCGACGAGACGUACAGUACGCGCGAUGUGGCCGAUCUCGUGGCAUACGCUCGCGUGCGGGGAGUGCGAAUACUUGUGGAGGUGGACGCGCCUGCGCACGCUGGAAACGGUUGGCAGUGGGGGAGAAAUCUCAGUUUGUGUUUAAACCGCCAGCCCUGGAACGUGUUCUGCGAGGAACCUCCCUGCGGGCAGCUAAACCCGGACAGUGAGCGGGUCUACUCCGUGCUGGGCAACCUGUAUCUAGACCUGGUAUACCUCACGAACGUGACUGAUAUGUUUCACGUGGGAGGCGACGAGGUCAACCUGCAUUGCUGGGCCAUUGAGUUGGGCGGGCAAAUCGCCCACCAGGAGCUGAUGGCCAAGUGGGGCAAGUUCCAGCAGCUCCUGGAGGCCGCCACUGGUGGCGUUCUGCCCAGCGCCGUGGUACUCUGGUCCAGCCAGAUCACGAGCUCACACUACGCGCACAUGUACCUCGAACCUCGGGUGUACGUCAUACAGACCUGGAGCGCCAGCUCCGGGCAGGAGCUGCUGCAGGCCGGGUACCGCGUCAUCCUGUCGCACCGCGACGUGUGGAACCUUGGCUGCGGCUUCGGCUUCGGGAACAUUCACGGCGCGUGUGCAGCUGUGGCGUCCUGGCAGACAGUGUACCAGCACCGGCCCUGGAGCGAGCUCGAGCUACGCGCCCUCGUCCUGGGCGGAGAAGCGUGUCUCUGGGGCGAAACGGUGGACGAACACUCGCUGGACGCCAGGUUGUGGCCUCGAGCCUCUGCCUUUGGCGAGCGGAUGUGGACCGACCCUGAGGGGGACGACCUGACACUGAGAGAAGCGCACGGCAGGUUGGCGGUGCAGCGAGAGCGUCUGGUGGCGCGAGGGAUCAGGGCCGACGCCUUGUGGCCUCAGUGGUGCGACCAGAACCCUGACGACUGCCUGGAGCCCCUCGAGACUUCUUGAGUGUUAUGUGGCCCGACCUCCCACACUACACGCAUGUAAGCUGUGUUGUCGCAUCAGAACGGCGUUAGAAGUGAUCAGGUACCAAGGUUUCGGCGGUAGUGCUGACGUCAUAAAAGUCUCCAUGUCACUAGAUGGAAAUUCUACGUACUCAAGUCAGUAACAUAGGCUUGUGUUUCCAUAGCAACAUUCCUGUGUAAAAUGCGAUGUUUGUUGACAAGCAGCGGUUCUGAUCAAGUGUGUAAUUAUUUCGUCAAUAAAAUUUGCUGACUUACUGAA